GACUGACACCGAGGCGAGUGUGUGGGGAGACGCGCGGCAGUUAAGACUUUAAGGCGCGAUCCGCGACGGGAGUGAAUGCCCGGCAGCACGGGAGCGAGUUACCGGACAGCGAGUGUGGUCGCUGAGGCGAAGCGGAAGGAGUCGCGACCCAGACGGCUGCAAGCACACCCAACGGGGCCUGAGCUGGGGCCUUUCGACAACUGCAAACCACGAGACAUUCAGCGACGAACGGAACUGAUCGUGGGGUGGAUGGAACGCAGGCUUCUUCCGAUUCCCGCGUCGACGCGUCUCGCUCGCCCCUCCUGGGACGGGGCUCGGAGCGCCGGCUGUGACGUCAGCAGCAUGGCGGCAGUGCCCGAGGUUGGGGAGGGGGGUAUAGGGGGCGAACCAACAAGCCACGAGGCAGUCGGCAGCUCAACUUCCAAGCGGCAAGCAAAUUAGAUUGCUUCAAGACUCUUCGCUCCCUCGGCGGCCGUUUAUCCCCCCCCCCCUCCCAAACCAAACCACCCACCACCCCCGCGUCGAACGAUGCUUUUUUUUCCCUCCGGAAACAGCUUACCGUUCAUCUGUCCUUUAACCCUGGACUUGUGCCUCUUCCUUUCCGCGACGUCUGGCGCGAAUCCCCUGCCAAGCAAAACUUUAUUUCUCUGGACAACUAAAUUAUUCUGUUUACAACAACAACAACAAAUCUUGCAGGGGUUUAUUUUAAACUAGCAAUACCUAUAUUUUGUGAUGGGAAAUAAUUACUUUUAUUUUAACAUAAAUGUAAACAAAAUCAUGGUCGUUGAUUUCAAAGUCAAUUUUUUUUUAACUUAACACCGACAUUUAACAAAUAUCAAAUUAAAAAAAAUUCAUACAAAUUUAAUAUGUUUAUGUGUGAUAAAAUAACUGCGUGUAUUUUGUCGUAUGAAUGCAUUGGUUCCGGGUUGGUAGAUUAAAUUUAUUUCAUGCUUCGUGUGUACAUUUAAAUUGUUGAUUAAUCCACCUAUUUCUCAUGAAUUAUAUUUAAUUUCUGGUAAUUUGUUAUACUUUUUUUAGUUUAUUUUAAUUACGUCCUAUCAAUGUUUUGUAAAGUUUUUAAACUGUUAAAAAAAAUUGUGGUACCGGCUUGUACGGAAGUAAUCUCCAAAAUAUUAAAAAAAAAAAAAAAAAA